AUGACAACCGCGAUAUUGUCGACCUCGACUUUGACUUCAGCGACAACAAGGAGCAUAACUGGUAGAGAGGAAUUGACACCUACUACCAGUGCGGCGAGCUCUAUAUCCACGAACCCUGCCUCGCCGGAGGCCAUGAGCCCUAAGGCGACUUCGACUCCCGUCAAUGCCCAGGCGUCAAGCCAUCAGAUCAACACAAAGCUGAUUGGUGGUAUUGCCGGGGGUGUGGCUGCUCUUCUGGUCAUCAUAGCCCUCAUCGCCUAUCUAGUAUAUCGUGCGACGAAGAAGCGGAAGCGGUUCACUCUUCUCCAGUGGCGAUCUGGCCGCCGCACCAAAGAUGCACUCCAGGCUAUCGAGGCAGGCGAGGUAACCAGUCCCGCCCAAGCGGGAAGUCAGCCGCCAGGAACGGCCGUUGAGACCAUCACACUAGACACACGAAACGAUCAGUCAAGAACAACACCCCCAGACCCAUCACCGACUCAGUCACUAGAACUCCGUGCCCGGAUAGACUCACCAGAAGCUCUUCCAUCAACCACCUUUCCGGUAGACCCCAAGCCCAGGAAAAGCUCAGGCUCGAAAGGCGCAUACUUUCCCACUAUAUCCAUUCCUCGACAUCCAUCCUCCGUCCACCCAGCCUUCCGCCAACGUUCAGCAACCACGCCAACCCCAGACUCCACGACAUCACUUAUGAACAACAUCAGCGCCUCCAGCCAAACGCCUCUCGAAACCACCCCCGAGCUCUUUGACACGGGAUUCUACCGCGGCCGAGUCGAGUUAUCCUCAAAGCCCUCACGGGAGCUCAUCAACGUGCCCUACGACGACUGA